AAGCUGUUGAGCAAAUCAUUUUAUAUCCCAGUCAUGAAUAUCUUAAAGAUCACUGUGACACUCAGAGCCCUUUCUGUGGCUUGGGCCCUUGUUAGCCAGGUGGUGGCGGAUGACUUUCGUCCUGCCUUUCAUUUUGCCCCAGAUAAGAACUGGAUGAACGAGCCCAAUGGGCUAAUCAAGAUUGGCUCGACUUGGCACCUCUUUUACCAGCAUAAUCCAACGGCAAAUGUUUGGGGUAAUAUAAACUGGGGCCAUGCAACCAGCUCUGAUCUGCUUCAUUGGGCUUACCUACCUGUUGCCAUCGAAAACGAGAACGGUAUUGAAGCGUUCACAGGCACCUCUUAUUACGAUGCCAACAAUACCUCCGGAUUAGGAACAUCUGACAACCCGCCGUACCUGGCCUGGUUCACUGGAUACUUUCCUUCGAACGGUACGCAGGAUCAGCGCCUUGCCUUCAGCUUGGACCUUGGCACGACUUAUGUUAAGCUGCCGGGCAACCCGGUCAUAGCAAGUGUCCAGGAAGCGCCCCAUGAUGUGACUGGAGGCUUAGAGAGCCGUGACCCCAAAGUAUUCUUCCACUCUCCAUCAGGAAAAUGGGUUAUGGUCCUCGCGCAUGGAGGACAGAAUAAAAUGACAUUUUGGUCUUCUACAGACUCCAAAAGCUGGAUAUGGGAGAGUGACCUCCUAUCCACCCAGAUCAAGGGCUUCCCAUCCUCAAUUACAGGGUGGGAAGUACCCGAUAUGUUUGAGCUUCCAAUCCAUGGCACCAACGAGACCACCUGGGUGUUGAUGUUUACACCAGCCCAGGGAUCCCCAGCUGGUGGCAAUGGCGUCGUGGCGCUGACAGGAUCCUUCGAUGGGAAAACCUUCGUGGCCGACCCUGUUGAUUCUUCUACACUAUGGCUAGACUAUGGCCGCGAUUUCGAUGGUGCCUUAAGCUGGGAAAAUAUACCUGUGUCGGAUGGGAGACGCAUUAUCGCCGCCGUGAUGAAUAGUUACGGCUCAAAUCCUCCUACAAAUACAUGGAAAGGGAUGCUCUCUUUUCCCCGCUCGUUAACACUCAAGCAAAUGGGAUCCAAGCGAUACUUUCUGCAGCAUCCCAUUAGCGAGUUACGGACAAUCGGCAACUCCCUUAUAAGCAUCCAGAAUCGAACGAUUGAGCCAGGCCAAACAUUGCUUUCUUCAACGCACGGAAUUAGUUUAGAUAUUCGAGUUGCUUUUCUCCUCGACCCAGGGGCUACACUGUCGCUGGCGGUCAGGAAGGCAGGGUCGGAGCAGACGAUCAUCCGCUAUUCCCAGGCGAACUCGACAUUAUCUGUUGAUCGAAGGGCAAGCGGAGACAACACUUAUGACCCUGCAGCAGGCGGUAUCCAUAACGCCCAACUGGUGCUUGACGAUACCGAACUGGUUAACAUCCGUGUAUUGGUUGACACUUGCUCCGUGGAGGUUUUCGGUGGACAAGGAGAGGGGGUGAUCUCAGACCUUAUAUUCCCGAGUAGCACAUCUAACGGCUUAUUGUUGGAGGCGAUAGGAGGAAAGGCCACAUUACAGUCCGUGGAGAUAUAUUCCGUUUCACUUGACUAAGGUAACGGGUGGUAGCUCACUGCUCUGGGCCUGAGAUUGUUGGCCAGUGAUCCCCUUCUGCUACCUUGGUACCUUUGAUGCUUGGACUGGAUCGGAUAUAGCUAGUCUCUCU